UUUUUUCAUUUUUCAUUUCCUGGAAAAGCUUUGCACGGGAAAACCCCUUUUUCUUUCCCUGCUCACAAUCCCUAAAAAAUUCCUCUCCCUUCGCGCUUUCAUCUUCUUGCAUCUCUGCUGCUGCACAAAAAUUUCUCAAUUUAUCGAUUGCGGAAGCUGUUACCGUUCCUGUCCGCACAAGGAUCUGUAAAUAUUAUCCCCCCGUGUUUACCAGUAGCAUAUCUGGAUUUCUUCGGCGUCAAUUUCGGAACCCCGGCAAAGAUGUCGGGUGUGUCGGAGGCAACCGGCAGCCGUGAGCCGUUCGCGGUUGCUAGGCCGGUGUCCCAGGUGCCGCAGCUGCAAAAUUCUGGGGUUUCUUCUCAGCUAGAUCAGCAAAUGGGAAUGUCCUAUCACGGCGGCGACGGUGGCUACAUGCCUGUCGGAUCUUCGCCGCCGUAUCAGUCAAUCACUGCCGGCUCCAACAGGGAAGCCGUGAAUCUAAACUCCACUGAGCCUAGGCGGAAGAGGGGCCGGCCAAGGAAGUACGGGCCAGACGGGGGUAUGGCAAUGGCCAUGGCUUCCCCCCAGCAGCAACCUGCAAACAUGGGUUCCCAACAGUCCCUGAAUUUCUCUCCUCCGUUGGAGCCGCAGGCGAAAUCAGCAACGCCUGCAGGGAAGAAGCCCCGGGGCAGACCGCCUGGCUCGACUAACAAGAAGAAGCUAAUUCAACCUUUGGGCACGAAUGGACUGGCAUUUACACCUCAUGUUAUCAGUGUGAAUGCAGGAGAGGAUAUUUCUUCAAAAAUAAUGGCAUUUUCUCAUGAUGGUCCGAGGUCAAUUUGUAUCCUAUCUGCAAACGGUGUCGUAUCAAAUGUGACUCUGCGCCAACCGGCAGCUUCGGGUGGAACUGCUACCUUCAAGGGCCGCUAUGACCUCUUGAACCUGUCGGGAUCGUAUAUGCUUUCCGAUGUAGAUGGGCAGAAAAGCAGGGUCGGUGGAUUAAGCACAACAUUAGCAGGACCCGACGGAAGGAUCGUCGGCGGUUGUGUGGCUGGUAUGCUAACUGCAGGUGGCCCCGUGCAGGUUGUUGUCGGAAGCUUUGUGGACAACCGGAAAGAGCUGAAAUCAAGAACCCAGACGGACCCUUCCUCCGCCGCCCGUCCCCUAACAAUCGUCGGCGCCGGAAACGGCGGCGGAGGUGGCGGUGGCGGCGGCGGCGGCAGCAGCUCACCGUCACGUGGCACCUUCAGCGAAUCCUCCGGAGGACCUUCGAGCCCGCUGAAUCUAAUCUCGGGUACGUUUCAUAACCUCCAUCCUCAAGUCAUGCCGUGGAAAUGAUACGAUCGGAUCUGUGAUCUUCGAUGCGCUGUGUAAUUCCCUGUUAAUCGUUAGUUUCGACUCGUGAAUGUAACUGAAAAGCGGCCGCCCGCUUCGCCGUCUACCUCUCUCUUGACUUCUUUCUACUAUCGGAAUAAGAAUCGAACUGAACCGAAUCGAAUCGAGUCAGUGUUAUUGUGGAAGGCUUUUGAUGUUUGUUCCAUAGUUAGGUUCCUGAGGAAUGGAGAUUUUAUUAGUUUCCGGCAUUGGUGUUUUUACCUGUUUCGUCUGAUCUAUUUCUUGCAGUGAAUUUCAGAACUUUUUAUUUGA